AUGCGUUACACAUACACAAUAACAUUAACAAUAACAGACUAUCAUAUAAUUAACUUUAUAUUUCUAUUAAUUCUCAUAAUAAUAACAUAUAUUAUAGCAAGUAGCCAGCAAUUAGAUAAUUUAGAAGAGAAUAUGAAAAAUGGACUUGAAUCGGUGCUAUUUUUUACAAAAAUUAACUAUCAUUUUGGAAUUUUGAUAUAUUUAAUAUACUCAUUGACACUUUAUGGACUGUUUUUAGAUAGUUCUAACUUAUUUCCAGUUUGUUACAGUAAUAUCUUAUUAGUGAUAGUUGAUUUAUUUUUAUAUCCAAAUUCUGAUAUUAAUCCAUUCUGGAACUUUUUCUGCUUACCAAUGUUUUAUAUUGAUGUUAUUAAGACUAUAAUUAAUUCUAGGAAAAAAAAUGAUACUGCUCUAGCUAAUGCUGUUGAAAUUAAACAUGAUUCAUUAAAAAUAAAUAAUGAUAUCAUAAUAAUUACAUGUCUGCUACUAUCGAUUAUUUAUUCAGUAUUUGCCUCUUUAAAUCAAGAAAGCACUAAUUUUUAUAAAAAUUUGACCGAUCUAGUAAAAAAACAUGAAAAAAAUUUUUCUACUAACUUUCUAGCAGUAGCAAUUAUAUCACUAGUUUUAGGAGUUUAUUCAGUUUAUAAAAAUUAG